UUCAAAAGCUCCUUUUGGCUUUCUCGCUCUUGUAAUGUUACAACCUAGAGGUAAUUUUCUCCUCUUCAUUGCUCUCUCUCUCUAACCUCUCAGUAAGCAAUGGCGGAUAAUGAAGAGAAACUUCUGGAGGAACAGCUGGAGCUUCAAUUACAGGAGCAGAGAGACUCACUCGCUGCUCUCGAAGAAGCCCUAGUUUCUGACCCUACCAAUCAUGAGCUUGUCACGGUUCACGAGGAACUUGCUCAGUCCAUCAAAGAUGCAGAGGAAGGGCUUCUUCACCUGAAACGAGCACGCUUGUUGCGAGACGUUGAUACAGCUUUACAAGCUUCCAGAUAUACUUAUGAGGAUGUGAAGGUGGAGCCUGAGGAUGUGAAAGUGGAGCCUAUCGAUUCACAGGCUUUCAAAUAUACUUCAGAGGAGGUGAAGGCGGAACCUAUCGAUCCAACAGAUGUUGAAGCAGAAUCACUGGAAGAUCAAAGUUAUUCCAUUGGAUCGAAAUGUAGAUUUCGACACACUGAUGGACGCUGGUAUAACGGUCUUAUUGUUGGCUUGGAAGGUUUGGAUUCUGCGAGGAUUUCUUUCCUCACACCGACAUCUGAAAACAUGAUGAUAUGCAAGUUCUUUCUGCAGCAGCGAUGUCGAUUUGGUACUAACUGCCGCUUAUCACAUGGGAUUGAUGCACCAUUAUCUUCUCUGAAGAAGUAUGUACCCACCACAUGGGAGCAUUCGCUUGUGGGGUCCAGUAUUUGGGCAAUUUCCGAUAUCAAAGCUGGCAUUUGGAAGGAAGCUGAACUGGAAUCCUGGGAUGACGAGCUUAAAGUGGGGCAGGUUGUUUUUCGAGACGAUGGAAGUUAUUCACAGCUUGGGGUUGAAGGUCUUGCACUGUCUGAAUAUGCCCAAAUGAGUGAAGAAGAAGAAUAUGAUUCAAGUUCGGAACAGUCUGAUCAUUCCAGUGACGAUGAAGAAGAUGGCUCCCAAGGCUUAGGAUUUCUUGAUAGCUCUGCCUUGCAAAGGGGCAUCCAGACUGAAACAGCCAUUUUCUCGAAGUGGGAGAAUCACACCCGGGGCAUAGCAUCCAAGAUCAUGGCCAAUAUGGGCUACCGUGAAGGAAUGGGUUUAGGUGUAUCCGGACAGGGAAUGCUGGAUCCCAUCUCCGUGAAAGUCCUUCCACCAAAGCAAUCUCUUGAUCAUGCCCUCGGGUCUCAGGAUAACAAAGAGAACAAAAAUAACAGUGGGAAGAAACGGAGCAGAGGUGGGAAGAGAAAACGUGAUAAGAAGUUUGCAGCAGCAGCAAGGGCUGCCAAAGAGGAAGAGGAAUUGCAACCGGACGUCUUUAGUCUUAUUAAUUCUCAGCUUGCAAUGCAUGGUGAAGCUCUGAGUAACGGGUCAGCAAAGAAGCAGCAGAAUAAAGGUUCCAGGGAGGAGAAGAAACAAGACAGACGGGCCCUUGUUGCUUACGAUGAUGAGGUGAAGGGGCUGAAAACUCAAGUCGGGAAGCUGGAAGAAAUGGUGAACCGAAACAGGAAAGAGAAGGUGGUUUACGAGGCUGCUAUGAGGAAACUGAAUGAGACGCGCAAAGCUUUGGCGGAGGCUGAGGCAGCCCAUGCAUCUGCAUCAAAUGCUGUUGUCAGCAAAGAAAAAGAGAAGAGAUGGCUUAAAUUUUGACAGCUACUUGAUAUUAUUAUAUAUGGUUGUACAUAUGAUAAUUAUCAAGGUAUUAGUAGUAGUAGUAUGCUUCCAAACUCUACAUUCAGGUCGCUCCUUUAUUCCCCAUUAAUCAUCCGGCUUGAAUCAGAGGCUUGUUUUGCCUUUAAAAUAUUCCUUUUAACAAUGGCCAAUUAUUGAGACAUGGAUAUGAUGCUAAUUUUUGCAAUAUAUGUAUAAGAUUGGUCAUGCGGGUCACACAUGAUAACAUCUCAUUAUUAUUAA